UGUGUGUGUAGUGUAGUGUAGUGUUGUGUUAUGGGUCUUUAACCAGGACGUCCGACAUGGAUCGUGCAGCAGUCGGAGAUUAAAGAGCCUUUGAUGUUGACUAAAAGUGUAAAGAUGUCUUUGAAGAGGAGAGGCCACUGGAGCAGCAGGGUGCGCGAGGUGCUGCUGGCGCGGGACCGGGGCAGCGGGGAGCUGUGUGUGGAGAUCAGAGGGGGUGCAGAGCUCGGCCAGUUCCCUGUACUGGGAGCUGUGGACGGGAGAAGCCCGGGGUGCAGGGGAGAACUUCUGCUGGAGGUCAACCACACCCCUGUGCCAGGGCUGACCACUGGAGACGUGCAGGCGGUCCUACAGCACUGCAGGGACCCCGUGCGCCUCAAGUGUGUCCGGCCAGGAGGAGUUGUAGAUAAAGAUCUCAGGCUCUACCUCAGCCUACGCUUUCAGAAAGGCUCUCUAGACCACGAACUUCAGAAGGUCAUCCGGGACAACCUCUACCUCCGCACCAUUCCAUGCACGACUCGGCCGCCUAAAGAGGGAGAAGUGCCUGGAGUGGACUACAACUUUGUGAGUGUUGAGCGUUUCCUGGAAUUAGAGAGAAGUGGAGCUCUGCUGGAGAGCGGAACAUAUGAAGAUAACUACUACGGCACACCCAAACCCGCGGCGGAGGCGCGCGGUGUGCUGCUGAUUCCCGGCUCCGUCCCGAACGCAGCCAGCAAACGCAGACGCAACAAAUCCGUCAGUAACAUGGAGAAGGCCGGGAUCGAUCCACCUGAGGAGGAGGAGGAGGAGACUGUUGUCGUCAACGGCAACGGAGUCACUGACACACCAGACUGCACUGAGCAGGAGGACAAGAGUACUGAGGACUCAGGGGACACGCCCCAUACCGACGGGACAGUGAGAGAGGAGAAGGAGGAGCCUGACAUGGUGGGGGCGGAGACUGAGGAGGAUAAGCCCCACCCUAAGGAUGACCACUGUAAUGAGCUCGGACCUCUGCCCGAUAACUGGGAGAUGGCCUACACCGAGAAAGGAGAGGUGUACUUCAUCGAUCACAACACUAAGACAACAUCAUGGUUAGAUCCGCGGCUAGCAAAGAAAGCUAAACCACCAGAGGAGUGCAACGAAGACGAGCUUCCGUAUGGCUGGGAGAAAAUCGAUGAUCCAGUUUAUGGCAGUUACUACGUUGAUCAUAUAAACAGGAGGACUCAGUUUGAGAACCCGGUUCUCGAGGCUAAGAGGAGACUGCAGAUGCAAAGCCAAGGCCUUUCCUCACUACCACUGCCUGCUCUAUACAGAGAGAAGCCCCUGUUUACGAGAGACCCCACACAGCUGAAGGGAAGGUUCCUCUCGACGACGCUGCAGAAAAGCACCAUGGGAUUCGGAUUCACCAUCAUCGGGGGAGAUGAGCCAGACGAGUUCCUGCAGGUGAAGAGCGUGAUUCCAGACGGUCCUGCUGCACAGGAUGGCAAGAUGGCAACAGGUGAUGUGAUCGUCUACAUAAACGAGGUGUGUGUUCUUGGGACAACUCAUGCGGACGUGGUAAAGCUAUUCCAGUCAGUUCCCAUCGGGCAGAGCGUGACCCUGGCUCUUUGUCGAGGAUACCCGUUACCCUACGACGCUGAGGAUUCAGGAAACACCAUGAUCUCUCCUCUGGGUCUAUUGGGAGACCGCCCCCUGCUGCUUAACGGCCGUAACUGCACCACGUAUGACACGUAUAUGGAGUACCUGAGCCGCACCGCGCACUUCCUGGAUGACGGUGUGUCUGUGGCAUCAUCGGGGACGGAGUUGAUUGCCGUCACCAUUGUGAAGGGGCCAGAUGGAUUUGGCUUCACUGUAGCAGACAGUGAUGGGGGUCAGAGGGUGAAGCAGGUGCUAGAGCCUCAGCGCUGCCCUGGCCUGUGUGAAGGAGACCUGAUCGUGGAGAUCAACCAGCGGCCGGCCCUUACGCUUUCUCAUACACGGGUGGUGGAGUUGCUGAAAGAGUGUUCGGUCGGAGCCGAGGCCACCCUGCUUGUGCAGAGAGAGAGGGGUCACUUUCCACCUUGGAAGAAUCCCAAACAGGUUUUGGAGCAUUGGGACCAUCAGGGUGGUGUUUGUGGCCCUGUUCUGCCCCACAGCGCCCCCUACCUGCCCUGGCCCUCAGCUACUGACCCCCCUCAGUGCCUUGAUCUCAGCAAACCUGAUCCCUAUGACCUGUACACCAAAUCCAGGGCUUUGUAUGAGAGUAGGCAACCAGUCCUGCCUCGACCCUUUUACCCAACGGACCCCUCGGAGUUCCAGGAAGUGGAAGUGGAUCUCCACAGAGAGAAAUCCGGCUUCGGCUUCAGGAUCCUGGGAGGAGAGGAAGCAGGACAGCCUAUCCUGAUUGGGGCGAUCGUAGAGAACAGCCCGGCGGAUAAAGAUGGCCGUCUGCGUCCCGGAGACGAGCUGGUCUCAGUGGACGGGAUCCCUGUGGUGGGAAAACCUCACCGGCACGUCAUUGAUCUGAUGCACGUCGCGGCUCGGACCGGUCACGUCAAACUCACGAUACGGAGGAGAGCGCAGCCUACAGGCGAGUCAUGUCCUCAGAACGGACGCAGUCCCGGCUCCAUCUCCACCCAGCACAGCUCACCUCGGAGCGACUUCAACUCCGGGAACUUCUCCAACCCCGCCCCUAACGCCACGCCCUCGCAGCCCUCGGGCGCGCCGGCCAGUCAGGCCAGUGAUGUCAUCAUUCAGCGCAAGGAGACGGAAGGGUUCGGCUUCGUCAUCAUCAGUUCCCUGAACAGGCCGGAAGCGGCGGCUGCUGCAGCAGUGCCCCAUAAGAUCGGGCGGAUCAUCGAGGGCAGUCCGGCCGAGCGCAGCGGGAAGCUGAAGGUGGGAGAUCGGAUCCUGGCGGUCAACAAUCAGUCCAUCGUCAGCAUGGCGCACGCCGACAUCGUCAAACUCAUCAAGGACGCCGGGCUGAGCGUCACACUGCGCGUCGUCCCGCAGGACGAGACGAGCAGUACUCCCUCAGCUGCCAGCUCGGAGAAGCAGAGUCCUCUGGCCCACCCGAGUCCGGUAGCACAGAACAGCCAGGCUGACAUGGACACGCCCCCAAACACACACCCCAGCCCUGUCAAUCAAACCAGCCCGGCCAAUCACACGAGCCCUGAGAGCCAGCAGGGUCAGCCCACACAGGUGGCAAAUGCCCCGGUGCAGAUGUACACACACGACGGCGGAUACAGGUCAGAGGUCAAAGCCCGUCAGGACGUGAAGCCCGACAUCCGACAGCCUCCGUACACUGAUUACCGCCAGCCGCCCGUGGACUACAGACAGCCUCCUGUAGCGGAGUACGCACACACACAACCUCCGCUGCUGGACUACAGACACACUGACCCACGCUCCUACACCAUCACAGAGUACAGACACAUACAGAAUUUCGAUUUCUUCACUGUGGAGUUGGAGAAGAGCGCUAAAGGUUUCGGGUUCAGCAUCCGCGGCGGGCGGGAGUACAAGAUGGACCUGUUCGUGCUCCGAUUGGCCGACGACGGCCCGGCUGUCCGUAACGGCAGGAUGAGGGUUGGAGACCAGAUCAUAGAGAUUAAUGGUGAGACUACACGGGAGAUGACACACACUCACGCCAUCGAGCUUAUCAAGUCUGGCGGAACCAGAGUGAGACUGCUGCUGAAGAGAGGAACGGGACAGGUACCUGAGUAUGCAGAUAGCUCCACCCCCUGGGAUCCUAACCCUCCAGCCUCAUCAAGCGUCUCGGAAGUAGCUCCGCCCCUCGAGAGCUCAACCAACCCAUCUCCGUCAUUUCACCUGAACCCAUCUGCAGAGCCUCCUCGCACGCCGCUGAUCGAUAGCGAAGCCCCCGAAAGCUGCCAUCAGGGUCUUAAAGUGGUGGAGAAGGCGGGCUCCGGGUCCAGCAGGGGGCAGAACCGGCACCGGGAGGGCGGCAGAGCCAGACGCCGAAGCUCCGGCGGGAACAAGGGGCACCAGAACCGCUCGGAAGACACGAAAGCGGAAUCCAACAAGAGUCGGUCCAAAGAGCGCAAGAGAGACCCGGGGAGAGCCCUGCGCGGCAACGCCGAGGUCAACAGAGGCACCGGGGAGGGCGUCGGAAUGGUGCAGCAGGUCAAAGGUCAGCAGGUGCGGGAGCCGGACAGGGGGGCGGGGGAAAGGAAGGCGUCGUCAAAGAACACCAGCAAUCUAGCGAGCAGGAAGGCGACGGUGUCCCCAGGGCCGUGGAAAAUCCCCGGAUCGGAUAAACUCCCGAGCAGCCUGCGCUCAGCCUCGUCUACCAUCAGCAGAUAAAACACACGCUCACACACACACAGCUUUGAUUAGCUUCGAUUAGCUCUCUCAGCCCUGAAGUGAUGAUCGAUAAACACCCCCCUUCUCCUCGCCCAGUUAAAACAAAAAAAAAUCCUGAUCGCCCUCUUGUGGAGGAGCGAAGUCGAUUCAGUCUUAAUUGAUUUGUUUUGAAAUCCUGGAUUUCAGAAGCACGAAGAUUCAAAGAUCCCGAAUCCGCCUUGAGUUCUCACGCCUUCACAGACAGAUGAGCAUAAGUUUUAUUUUAUUUCUAAAUUAUUCUUUUAAAGAGACAUGACACCCACCACCUUAAAUAAAAAAAAAAACAACAAAAACAAAAAAAAGCAUUUUUGUUAUCUUGGUAAAGAAACAAAAGUGAUGAUGAUGAUGGUGAUGAUGAUGAUGGUGAUGAUGAUGAUGAAGGAUGUCAGAGAGACUCUUGCGUGCAUCAGGACCACGGCAGGUUUUAUACCCUCGAAGGAAUUCACUCUAUUUUAAUAACGAUGAUGAAGGAAGUGAUUUUUAUCCCGUGUGUUCUGCCUUAAACGGAAUAAACUGCAGAUAUCUCAUGAACACGCGGACAACGCGAGAGAUGCGCGUAUGACGUUAUAUUAUAUAUAAAGAGAGAUAUAUGACAUGCCACAGUGUAAAUACACACACACACACACACACACACACACAUAACCUCCGCUCCUCUUUCUCCUCAAAGCCGUCUGAUUGAUCUCCUGCUCCCGCCCCCUGUUUUCCCCGUCAGCCAAUCAGCAUUGAGAUGAUUUAGCGCUCAUCGGAUCGAGUCCACAUCAAUCAGAAGAGGUUCAAUAGGGUUCACGGACCGGGACUGCGUUAAAUCGUACUUCAGGUGCAAGAAAUGGAGAAUAUUUUUUCUAAAAAAAAUAAUAAAUAAAUAAAUGCAGUUCUAAUAGUGAAGAUUCUUUCUCAUCAGAUGGAGAGUUCAGUAUCUGGGUUCAGUAGAGCGUGUGAUUGUGAAGAAUGCCACAGGUUUUGUGUGUCACUUUUUUUUGUUUUUUUGAUAGUGUGCAUAUUUCUUGGAAAAACAACUACCUUAUUAUUAUUAUUAUUAUUAUUAUUAUUAAUUAUUAUUAUUAUUAUUAUUAUAAAAGGUUCAUCAUCGCACCUCAUUUAUUUCUUUCCUUAAAAAUCACUCGUUUGUUUUAUUAAAUUAAACUUUUCUUCACUUUCGCUAAUUUUCCUCUUCGUCCUCAUGUCGUACGUCAAUGAAAUGCUGAUCCGCUUUAUAUCCCUGAAGCAACUUCAUAGCGUCGGCGUUCAGCCACGCCUACACAAUACCAUAAAAGGCAAACAGGGCGGGAAACGACAACUGAACGGUGAAAAGUAUUGCAAUGCUUCCUCCUUCUUCAGGGUGCCAUUACUUUUGCUCUGAUGGAACUAGUUUUAUUUGUCUUGGAUUACAGAUGUAAACUGCAUAGCAUCAUUUGGGGAUAAAUUUUAUUUAUUUAUCAUAAGUGAUUUUAUUUUUGCAUAAUAUAAGAUACAAACGAUUUUCCAGACAAACAAUAUUUUUCAUGAAACACUUUCACAAAAGAUUUACGGCAAAAUUAGUUCAUAUGCGACGGCGAUAAAACAGAACUUUAUUAUCGCAGAUGGGUUUAGCAUAACCCCGCCCACCUUGAGCUCUGAUUGGCUGAAAGUAAAUCUUUUUUCUGGUGAAGCUGUUGAACGUAAACAGACAUAACAUCAUGUUCAUGCACCUUUUUGGCCCAAAAAUAUAUAUUUUUUUUUUGUGUUUUUUUUGCUGAUACCAUAUUGUUUUUGUUGUUUCGAUCAUCGUUGAAUGUGUAUCAUAAACAGAUCUGUGUUAUUUUCCCAUGAAGGCAGGGUUUCGAAAAAUUCCAGAUACUACAAUAUAUAAUGUUAUUAUAGUAGUUUUUUAUUUUCAUACACAAAAAAAUACACACUUAUAUAUAAAUAAAUAAAUAAAUAUACAAAUAAAUAUAUAAAUCUAUAAGUAAAAGAAUUGUAUAUUUAUCAAAUGGACGAUGACACACUUUAUAUAUCAAACUUUAUAUUAAAUUGUAUUUUAUUCUAAAUAGACCUAUUUCAUGAACGGCAUUUAAUAACGAGGGACUGUUUUAUUUUCGCGUCAUUUAAGAGGAAAAAAAUAUGCAUUUUUUCAUUUUCCACAUAAUUUAUUUUUGUUUAUCUUCUUAAAUACGCAAACAUGUCUUAUGAUGUAAUUGAUUUGAUUGUC